CGUGACGGAAUGGCGGGAAGAGGCGAGAAGGAGGGAAAGAAGGAUGGAGGAGCGAUGAGAAGGACACAAGUCAUCAUCGCAGAUGUAGUAGACAUGAUUGCAAGAGGAAGCUCAACACGGGCUUGACAGCUCAGCAGAAGAGGAUCCUGUUCCGAAGUGAAAUCUUCGAUGGCCUAGCUUACCGCUCUUCUCAUUGUGCUGUUUACGCUCUUGCAGUUACCUUCUGCUGUCUUGUGUUGAAACUUGCAGCAUCACAUUGACAGAUCAAAGACAGCAUAUACUACACCCCAAGUUGAUUCCUUUAAGGGAAGUUCAUGCGCCUUAGAAGGGUUUCCUGAACAGCGAUGGUUGUUUACGAUCACACUGCGAUCCUUCCCGUCGAGUAUGUCGAAGCUUUCUCCAAGUUCAUCGAGCAGACAAAUUUACUCAUGGACCGUUUGGAUGAAAUCUUGAUUGAACUUGACGAUUGGAGGCAUUAUGCGCUUGAUAUCGCCUUGUUGGACCUCCUCGACUUCAACCAGCAACUUGGUACUCUGCUCAUCCACAAGCCAACGCUCAUCCUCCCUCUGUUUGCCGAAGCAAUCCAACAGGUAGCAGAGAGAAGAAUUCAGGUCAGCGAGGACAGGUACAGCAUGUGCAUCAAGAAGUACAUUCAUCCUCGGCUUGUGGUUCCUCCUUUGUGUGAGUCUGUGUGCAAGGUGAAUGUCUCGUCCAUCCGAAGCUCAGACGUUGGAGGUGUCGUGUCGAUCCGAGGAACAGUCGUGCGAGCAGGGACGAUCAAGAUGCUUGAAUCGGAGAGAGAGUACAUGUGCGCGAAAUGUCAGUUCAAGUUCAAGGUUUAUGCCAACUUGGAGCAUCAGAAUGGGAACCUGGUUCCUCCAACCGCCUGCCCUUCUGCCGGUGCGAAACCUUGUAAGUCAACAACUUUCAACAUCGUGGAAGGGUCGCGAGUCUGCAGAGACUACCAAGAGAUCAAGAUCCAGGAGGAAGUACAGAAGCUCAGCAUCGGGAGCAUUCCGAGGAGCAUAGUGGUUGUCUUGGAAGAUGACUUGGUCGAUCGAUGCAAGCCGGGUGAUGAUGUUGUAAUCACUGCCAUCCCAACAAGGAGGUGGAAGUCGCUAGUGAAGGAUGUGCGGCCAGACAUAGAGAUGGUCCUGACGGCCAACAACAUCAAAGUCUGCAACGAGGAGAAGGCGAGGAUGAACUUUUCAGAAGAGAUGUCGAAGCAGUUCGAAAGCUUCUGGAGCUCUCAAUCCAAUCGUCCUCUCUUUGCGCGCGAUCACAUCAUCCGGAGCUUCUGCCCCAUGAUCUGCGGGCUCUACAAGGUGAAGUUGUCGCUGCUCCUUGCUCUGAUCGGGGGGGUCCCGAGAUCGGACACAGCAGGGACGAGGACGCGAGGAGAGUCUCACUGCCUCAUCAUCGGCGACCCCGGGCUCGGCAAGUCCCAGCUGCUCAAGUACUGCGCCAAGUUGAGCCCUCGAGCAGUUCACACCACAGGCAUCGGCACUACGAGCGCAGGUCUGACAGUGACAGCACAGAGGGACAGCGGAGGGGAGUGGGUGCUGGAGGCUGGAGCUCUCGUGCUUGCCGACGGAGGAGUUUGCUGUAUUGAUGAGUUUGACUGCAUCCGAGAGUCAGAUCGGACGGCCAUCCAUGAGGCCAUGGAGCAGCAGACGAUCAGCGUGGCGAAAGCUGGGCUGGUCUGCAAGCUCAACACCCGUUGCACGGUCAUUGCAGCGACAAACCCUCGAGGGAAGUUCGAUCCCGACGAGAGUGCGACGAACGAGGAGUGGGACAGGAAAGUCUCGAGUCACAUCCUCAACGGACAGUCGUCGACUCCGGGGGAGGAAAGUCCGCUAGGCAGGCUGUGGGACUUUGAGAAACUUCAGAUGUACAUAUGCUGGGUGAAGAGAAGUUUCAAACCUCACCUGACGGAAACGAGCGAGAAGAUACUGGUGCAGUACUACAAGAUCCAGCGCGGGGAAGGAGGAAGGAACGCAGCUCGCACGACUGUCAGAAUGUUGGAAAGUCUCGUCAGGCUGGCGCAGGCGCACGCCCGGCUGAUGAUGCAUACGGAGGUGACGGAGCAAGACGCCAUCAUGGCUGUCUCGCUCCUGGACAGCACAAGUACACUGACCGACUCAGCGACCAACUGCAGCAACCGCAUGCAUGCUCCCUUCCCCGAUGAUCCCGACGCCGAGUAUGAGAUUGGUGAGAGGAGGGCAAUGUGGGGGGAGUGA